GAGAGACAAACUCGAUGUUUCAUAGAACUCCGACACAGACUGAAGCUUCCUUUGUUAAGCUUCUUCUGUAACCAAACCCCUCCCUCAACUCCCCAUCAAGUACCUCCAAACGUUUCGUUGAUUCUUCUCCAAGGUUUAGCAAUUUCUCAAGUGUCUUCUUCCUCAUCUGGUUUGAAGUGCUGUCUUUCGUGUACAUAGAAUUCAGAUUGCUCUCGUGGAUUCUUUGUUUCUUCUUGUUUCAAUCCCAUCUUUGCCGAAACUCCGAAAGCUAAGCUUUUCCUGCAAGUUUAGUAUUCAUUUUGGGAGGCCCAAAAGGUAGUUUGAACUUUUGGCUACCAACUGGUCCAUACUUUGACUGGUGGCUGCUGUUGUUUGGGUCAAAGUAGAGCUGGCAAUUAUGAUCUGCCUAAAUCACCCAGCUCAGUAUUGAUGAUUUCCGUUUCUUCUAUUAAUUGUGGGUUCUGUAGUUCUUGAUUUUUGAGGGUUUUGGAUUGCUGGGAUUGCUUUUUGAAGGGUUUGAGAGUUGUGGGUGGUUUUUGGUUUCUGUGUUUUGUGAAGUUUUUAGAUUCAAAUUUUAGUGGAAUUCAGGGAACUGAUAUUAGAAGUCAGCUCAUGUUUCUAAUGCAUUCAAGAAUUUGGAAAUUGGGGAUUAGCACUGAGGUUUUCGGAGUUGUGGUUUUGGUGGGUUUCUGUUGUUGAGGGCUGUGUGUGAGGUGAAAAUGGGAAGUAAUGGGGUAGACCAUCCGUUGAAAUUAUCCGAAGAUGAAAGUGUUAGCAGGCCCGGACAUAGUUCGUUUAGGAAGGCAGAGACUCAGAGGAUAAAUUCAGCAGGGCGUUCGUCGGUUUUGGAGAUUUUUCAGUCUAAAGAGUUCGAAGUUGGUUCUUCACCUCGGAGAGGCUUGGACCAUUGGAUCACGGCACCAAUUGUCACUCCCAAGAAUUUGUUAAUUGAUGAGCAUGAGAUAAAAUUCGCUAGAUCAAUGACAGAGAGGAGGGAAAGUCGAAGGCAUGAUCUAAAGCUGGAUAGACUGUCAGAACGUGAAAAGAAAAAACUAAUUGUUGAGAUGGUCAAGAUACAAAAUGAUGGAACAGUUGAAGUUGAUCUAGAGAGAAGUGCACCUGUUGCAUCUGAACUGUUAGAGCUUCAUUCGGUUGAAGAUGUACCCAUCAGUCUUGGUGAUACAACUUCCAACAUAGCAAAAUCAAUUCCAAGAUUGAAAAUUGCCAUGCUUGUUGUUGGAACAAGAGGAGAUGUACAACCUUUUCUGGCUAUGGCAAAGAGAUUUCAGGAAUUUGGUCACCGUGUUAGGUUGGCAACUCAUGCUAACUUCAGCACUUUUGUAAAGUCUGCUGGUGUAGAAUUUUAUCCAUUGGGCGGUGAUCCUCGUGUUUUGGCAGGAUAUAUGGCCAGAAAUAAAGGUCUAAUUCCAUCUGGACCAGGAGAAAUAUCUAUACAAAGAAAGGAACUAAAGGCAAUUAUUGAAUCUCUUCUUCCGGCGUGCACGGAGCCAGAUAUAGAAACUGGAGUACCGUUUAAGGCUCAAGCGAUUAUUGCAAAUCCUCCUGCUUAUGGACAUGCACAUGUUGCUGAAGCUCUUGGAGUACCCCUUCACAUUUUCUUCACAAUGCCAUGGACGCCUACUUAUGAAUUCCCUCACCCUCUCGCACGUGUACCUCAAAGCGCUGGAUAUUGGCUUUCAUAUAUCGUUGUGGAUCUACUGAUAUGGUGGGGCAUCAGGAGUUAUAUAAAUGACUUCCGGAAAAAAAAGUUGAAGCUUGCGCCUAUUGCAUACUUUAGCACAUACCAUGGAUCAAUAUCUCAUUUGCCAACUGGGUAUAUGUGGAGUCCUCAUGUUGUGCCAAAACCAAGUGAUUGGGGAUCCUUGGUGGAUGUUGUUGGUUAUUGUUUCCUAAACCUUGGGUCGAAGUAUCAACCUCAAGACGCAUUUGUUCAGUGGAUUCAGAAAGGGCCAAAACCUAUUUAUAUUGGAUUUGGAAGCAUGCCCCUUGAGGAUCCCAAGAAAACCACUGAAAUCAUAUUGGAGGCGUUGAAAGACACAGGACAGAGAGGAAUAAUUGAUAGAGGUUGGGGAGACCUAGGGAAUUUAACAGAAGCAUCCGACAAUGUUUUCCUGUUGGAGGACUGCCCCCACGAUUGGUUGUUUCCUCAAUGUUCUGCAGUGGUUCAUCAUGGCGGUGCUGGAACCACAGCUACAGGAUUAAGAGCUGGGUGUCCAACAACCAUAGUGCCAUUCUUUGGAGAUCAGUUCUUCUGGGGUGAUAGGAUACAUGAGAAAGGACUGGGACCUGCACCAAUACCUAUAUCCCAGCUUGACGUUGAGAGCCUUUCAAAUGCUAUAAGAUUCAUGUUGGAGCCAGAGGUCAAAUCUCGAGCACUAGAAAUAGCAAAGUUGAUAGAGAAUGAAGACGGUGUUGCAGCUGCAGUUGAUGCAUUUCACCGGCAAUUACCUCCUGAGCUACCAUUACCAACUGCUUCUUCAGAAGAUGAACUUGCAAACCCCUUGCAGUGGCUCUUUCUUCAGGUUGAGAAAUGGUGCUGCCUGCCAUGUGGAUCGUAAAAAUUUGUGCUACAUCUUGUACUAGUGUAUAGCUCUUUUUUUUUUUUUUCAAUAUUUUUCUUAUAGUAAAAUCAUUUUCAUCUGCCAUUUCAUUCAUUUCAUUCUUGGCUUCUCGGUGUGGGUUUGAUUAAUAAUACUAUUUACAGCUAAGAUAGGUUUCUGACAGCUUGCUUAAGAGACUUAGGUCUCUUCGACUUCAUUUUCAGUUAGAGAAACUGAUCUGUAGUGAGAAUGUAUGCAGAACUAAGCCUAAUUAUUGUAGAAAGUGAUUUCUAUUGAUCUCAUAUCAUAACAAAGUUUGUG